UCCUGCUCAGCCAUAGUACUGUACAUAGUAAGUACAUGUGCGCGUGUAACGGUUGAAAUUGUUUAAUCUGUUUGAAUUGUAGCUUUUUGUUUAAACUUGUUAAUUACUUUACGUAUCAAAUCCAAAGCGGUGAAAUUUUUAAAAGCUAUUAUUCGUAUAGUGAUUUGGUAAUUUUGUAAAAGAUUUUUAGGUAGGCACGUUUACAGAAAAUGCCAAAGUCGAAAGAAUACGUGUCGACUGAUGACGACAGCAGUGAAGAGGAAGUAACGUCAAAGAAGAAGCAAAAGAAAAGGGAGGCAGAGGACAAAGAGGAAAAAGUAUCAAAAAAGCCAAAAAAGGAAACGCAAGAAGACGAAGGCACAACUUGGGAUCUUGGAAAUAAUCGUCAGAUUAGCGUACGAGACUUUAAAGGCAAAUUGUACGUUGAUAUCCGAGAAAUGUACUACGACAAAGAUGCAAACUUAAAGCCUGGAAAGAAAGGUAUCUGUUUGAAUAUGGCACAGUGGCGGAAAUUACUAUCUGUAAUGGAAGAUGUUGAUAAAGCAGUGAAAUCUAAAUGCUGAGUAUUAUCGUCUCGAUGCUCGACAAGAACGAAUACUUGGAACCGACGAUCUGACAUGAAUUCAUAAACAAAGUGUAACAUGUUCAUACAGCUGUCUGUUUCUCUUUGCAUAGCUGAACUGUGAAAUAAGUUUGUAUCCGUUAAAAUUGAAUAUUUGUAAUAAAAAUCACUGUAUCCUGUA